CUGAAGGCAGCAUAACAGCUCCUGCUGCUGCGUUCACGGUCCCCUCCUCCUGCUGCUCUUGUCGCAUAUUGAUCCAGUUAGCUGAUCGGUAGCUUUUGUGUCAGGAUGGUGUCCGUGCUGUGUGAAUGUUCCCCCCUUGUUUCUGGCUAAAGGUAUCCGGCAUUUGGCGGCUUUCAUGUUCCGUGCGGCUAAUCUAAAAACCAUCGGCAAAGCGGGAACCGGCUGGCACUUUCGCCGGACGAUGGACGAGCUCGUUCAUGACCUGGUGUCAGCACUGGAGGAGAGCUCCGAGCAGGCUGCGCGUGGUGGUUUUGGCGAUGGGGGAGACCAUGCUCUGGCCGUGGGCUGUCUGCUGAAGAGACAGGCUCGGAAGCGAAGGGGUCGAAAACGACGCUCUGACAACCCGCACCCACCUUGGGAGACAGGCCACCUAAGCGAGGGCUCAGAGUCUAGUGUGGAAGAACAUAAGGACUACCGUGCCAGUACAGGGGGGGUCUCCGCUUCCAACACCCAUGGCCGCGACAACAGCGACUCGGAUGAACAACUUGGCCCCAAACGGCGCACCCUCCUAACAGCCGAUACGGGGCGGGGCAAGCGUCCGCUUUGGCCGGACGACUUGGGUGUCCUGGGGUCUGCAGAGGGAACUCGCAGCCUCAGACGGAGACGUAAGGUCAAACGCAUGGCUGUGGACCCUCCUGCAGAACCAGAACUUCCCACUUCUACAAUGCUGGGGCCCCCACCGGUCCCCAAAGCCCGCCCUGGCAGCAGGCCGCACAGACUGGGUGCAAAUGACGGCAGGGGGGUCAUGGAGCUGUGUGGAGGUGGGCCAGGGGGAGGGAAGAACAGGGUGAAGAAGAGGAAACUGGCCACGCACAGGAUGGGGAUUGAGGCUGCGGAUGAAGGGGUGGUGGUGGAGAGCGAGGACCACAUCUCUUCUCCGACAGAAGGGGGCAAGGACAAGAUGGAGUUGGAGGAGCAGAAGGGGUCGGACGAGGACAUGAGUGACAGGUGUGAGACCAGCAGUGUCAGUAACAGCAGUGAUGGAGGCCUCUACACCAAUGAUGAGGGAAGGCAAGCUGAUGACGAACAGAGUGACUGGUUCUACGAGGGAGAGCCUGGCACGGGAUCAGCGCCUGGAGGUGCCUGUGGGAUCGCGGGAGUGGUUCCCUGGUGGGAGAGAGAGACCGGGACAGGGGAGCUGGACCUAGCUGACCCUGUUUUUAACAGCAUCCUCACUGGAUCUUUUCCCCUCAUGAGCCCUGCAGCACAGAGAGGGUUCCAGGCCAGGCUGAGUCGACUUCAUGGAGACCAGCAGGCGUCUGAGGCAGGACUGCAGGGCGGCUCGGGCCAGAGCUUCCACGAUAGACUUGGCAGACAAAGUCAGGACCCCCAUGAAUCCUGGUUCAGCUCUGGCUCGAGGAGAGACCACGGGCAGUUGCACUGGGACCCACGGUCAGACAGAGGGCAUCGGAGGAGCUGUUCAGUGAAAACAGCUAGCAGACAGACCAGCGGGCACCUCGGCUCUCUGUGCACAGGGGAUGUCAAGCGGAGGCGAAAAGCAGCCCCCCUCGGUUCCGCCGCCCCCUCAGGAGUGGUUGGAGAGAGUGCUCCUCCCAUCCCAGACUCCAACAUGGGGAGUCGCAUGCUGCAGAGCAUGGGCUGGAACCCGGGGAUGGGCCUGGGUCCAGAGGGCCGGGGUAUCACCGAGCCCAUCCGGGCCACACAGAGACCCAAAGGCACAGGUCUCGGUUUCAACUGAACGCCUGGUUUCUGGAUCCUGAACUUAGAACAAGCUGCGACGAGAGGCCAAAAGAGCUACAAGAUGUAAUGCUGCUCAGGGGCGAAGAACAAUUUAAGAAAUGUCCAGAAUAAUCCGGGAAUGUGAGUCAUAAGAAGGAAAGGAAUGAGACUCAUCCUAGCAACAGAGUCUGUGAUGAAAGAGAAACUUUCCCAUAUUGGGGAAACGAGGAUAUCCACAUGGAGAGAAUGACCUGUGAAAGUGAAUGACUGAAAUUAAGACCUUUAAUUCUCCUCCAGAAGUUCCAUGUUGGAGAAAACAACUGACAUUGAUGCCUCAUUUUUUGUGUGUGAAGCUGGCAUGCUGCCUCAGCCCUGUUACCUCAGAUGACACUGUUUCAGGCAAGAAAACAGGGUUAAUGUAACCAAUGAUGACCGUGUGGUUUGUUUGUAGUCGGAGGUCUUAGUGCAUUUAUGGUAAAUGGUUUUGUCCGAUAUUGCACAAGAAUUUUGGACGGACAUUUCUGUAGGUUAUACCUCAAGAUUCAGUCUAGGUUUCUUUUUGAUGUAAUUAAGUUCAGAUAACACUGUAUGGAUGUGUGUUCAAAUAUCAGGAUGAUGUUCAAGUACCUUUUUAUUUUUACGUCUAACGGAAGAAGUCCUGUCAUCGGGGGGUUUUUAUCUUCCCAAAAACAAACCGCAUCUUCCUUUCAUUUACAACCCGCUCUGUAUUGCAUGAGCAGCUGUGGCGGCUGCAUGUCUUGCUGAUGUUUACCAAGACAAGUCUGAACGCACGUGAAGAAAAGUCUCUCCUUAGACUGUCAGGACCAUCGUCACCACAUUUUGAAAACUUUAUCCGAAAUCCAUCGACAAGCAGUAUGUGAUCAAACCGCUGUGACUGAAAGAUGAAAGAUGAAAAGAAUUUCAAGGUUUACAUACAAACUUAGAAAAACCAAGUGUCAUUCAACAUUAAAAGAAAUUAAUCAUUUACGUUGUUUUUAGAAUUUCAAUGAAGAAUUGUUAUCACUACACACAUAAAGGUCCAGCUGUGUUUAUACUUAGAUAAUCUUCUGAAGACUGAGGGUGAGUAGUGAGGUCAAAUCAGGCCCAAAGGACACCACCAUGUGGACUUCAUGGAGCCUUUUAUGUAGAAAGGAAUAAUGAUAGAUGAGAAUUUAAAUUUUAAAAUACUGUUUUAGACCCAUUGUUGUUUACUUCAAUGUGAUAUGUUUCCCUGUGUUAUUUAGGCUUUUCGAUAAUACCAGCAACCAUACAUGGUCUUAUUGCAGAUUUUAAAUAAUUUGAAGUUAAUAUGAUGAAAUAAAGGUUAAAAAAAAACAUGAAAUCAUGAAUGAAAAGUGUGUAGGUUUUUUCUUUUCUUUUACAGCAUUUGUUUCUUUUACUCAGGUGAAACCAUUGGUCGUUAAGAUGGUUAACAGAAGUGUAACAGAAACAAAAUAAAAUGUCAAACCACA